AUGGAAAAAAAACUUUUUGAUCUUAAAAUAUGGGUCUGUGUCUCUGAUAACUUUGAUGACCAAAGGAUUUUAGGGGAGAUGUUGCAAACUCUCAAUGCAAACAUGGGUGGGUUGACCAACAAAGAUGCAAUAGUUCAGGAGCUUGAAAAGGCAUUGGAGGGGAAAAAAUUUUUACUUGUUCUUGAUGACGUGUGGAAUGAGGUAUCAAAGAGAUGGGAUGAUUUAAAGACUCGUUUAGUAAGAGUUAGUAGAAACAGUACUGGAAAUGCUAUUGUUGUCACAACUCGUAGCGAGCAAGUGGCAUCCAUAAUGGAGACAUCUGCUUAUUACAGGCAUCCAUUUAAUUUGUUGUCUGAUGAUGAAUGUUGGUCCAUUAUGAAGGAAAGGGCAUUUGGAAUUGGAGAAACAUCAAUCCCUGUAGAUAUGGAGGGCAUUGGAAAGGAGAUUGCAAAAAAAUGUAAAGGAGUACCAUUAGCUGCAAAAGUUUUAGGUGGAACAAUGGGGGGUUUCAAAAUGGAUAAGGAAGCAUGGUUGUCAAUUAUGAAUAGUAAUGUUUUGAAUUCAUCAGAUAAUAAGGAUAAUGUUGAGUCUGUACUAAAGCUAAGUUUUGAUCAUUUGCCUCCACUUUUAAAAUCAUGUUUUGCAUAUUGUUCGAUUUUCCCAAAAGAUUUUUAUAUUGUAAAGGAGGAAUUAGUUAAGCUUUGGAUGGCUGAAGGUUUUCUUGUGUCGUCUAGUCAAGAUGAGGGAAACAAGUAUUUUAAUGCCUUACUGCAGAAUUCCUUUUUCCAAGAUGUGGAAAGGGAUGAAUGUGAGAAUAUUAGAUGGUGCAAGAUGCAUGAUCUUGCAUUGUCUUUUACCAAGUCUGAAACGUUGACUUUGGAGAAUUGUGCAACUGGUGAUGAUAUAUCUUCCACUCGUCGUUUAUAUAUAGAUCGUCAAAAUGCAACAACUUUGGCAUAUUCGAAAAAGGAGGCUAUGAAGUUGCGUACUUUAUUCAUAAAAGAAAUUGUCUUUGAUGAGUCUUGGAAGUUGAAAAGGUUGCGGACUCUAAACUUGAAAGGUGCUAAUAUUGAAGAGUUGCCAUCUUCAAUUGGCAAGUUGAAACAUUUAAGAUAUCUUGACGUCUCAUGGACUAAAAUCGAAGUGUUGCCUGAAUCCAUAAUUGAGCUUUACAAUUUGCAAACAUUGAAAUUCCUUUGGUGCAAUUCACUUAAGCAGGUUCCCAGAAAUAAAAUGAGUAAUCUGAUCAGCUUGAGGCAUAUUGAAUUUUCUUAUGACCACCAUAUGCCAUCUAUGGUGGGGCGGUUAACUUGUCUUGAAACACUGCCAUUAUUUGUUGUGGGUCCAGAUAGGGGAGGUAGCAUUCAAGAACUAGAAUGCUUAAACCAACUAAGAGGGAGUUUGCGAAUAAAGCAUCUUGAGGUGGUGAGAGACAAAGAAGAAGCCAUGAAAUCGAAUCUUCGAGGAAAAACGAAAAUAAAAGCUCUGAAAUUUAUAUGGAGUGAUGGAAGAGAACUCAAUAGCAAUGAUGAGGAAGUGUUGGCAGGCCUUGAGCCUCAUCCAAACAUAGAGACUAUAGUGAUCACUAAUUAUUUGGGUCGAAAAUUCCCGUCGUGGCUGUUAAUGAAGAAAAUUCCAAGUGGUGGUGAUUCUUUCGUAGCAUUAGAUAAUUUGAAGGAACUUAUAUUAUGGGACUGUAAGUGGUGUGAAGAACUCCCAAAGCUUGGACAUCUUCCUUGUCUUAAAGUACUUUGGAUAAAUGGAAUGGAUAACAUCAAAAGUAUAGGGAAUGAAUUCUAUGGCAUUGACGAUGGAAGCACAAGCAAUGGAGUGAGGCCGUUUCCAGCAUUGAUGACUUUAUAUUUCAUUUCUAUGAAGAGUUUAGUCGAAUGGAAGACAGCACCAGUAGAUGAAGGAGGCGAAACAGUUGUAUUUUCUUGCCUUGAAAAUUUGAUGAUUAGCAAAUGUCCUCGAUUGACAAAAAUUCCAUUAAGUGAUCGUUCAUCGCUUGUAUCACUGAAUAUUGAUGAUUGCGAAGAAUUGAGUUACUUAUUUGAUGAACUCCACUCGUUUUCGUCUCUUAAAAGUUUAUUUAUUGGCAGAUGUAAUAAAUUAACUAGCUUUCCAAGCGGGCUGAAAUCCUUCACUUCUCUGGAAAGACUGGAAAUACUUAGAUGCGAAGGAUUGACAUCGGUUCCCGAAUAUUUAGGCAAAUCGCAUUCUCUUACGCGUUUAAGUAUAGUACAUUGUCAAAGUUUGAGUUAUUUCCCGGAGAAGAUAUUAGGCGGCCUCACCCGAUUAAGGGAUUUAAUAAUUGGUGGUUUCUCGGAGGAGUUGGAUUCUUUCUCUUAUCUGAAGUCAAUCCAAGACCUCCCGUCCCUUAAAUUCUUAGUGAUACAUGGGGAUGUUGGAGGUAGAAUCAAGUCUCUGCCAGACCAACUUCAAUGCUUCACCGCACUUACUCGCCUAGACACAUUAAAUAUAUGUGAUUUCAAUGGAAUGGAAGCUUUGCCAGAGUGGUUGGGCAAACUAUCAUCCCUCAAAUCCCUUGGCUUUUGGGAUUGUAAGAAUUUGAAGUAUCUACCUUCAGCUACAGCCAUGCAACGGUUCUCCAAAUUAACGGAACUUCGUAUUCUUGGUUGUCCCUUUCUUCGAGAAAAUUGCGCCAAAGGAAUUGGCUUUGAGUGGUCCAAGAUUUCUCAUAUCCCUUAUAUAGAUAUACGAGAAAAAGGUGAUGAAGACUGAGAAGACAAAGAAAGAAGUGGAAAAGUUGAUGAUUGUUGCUACCGUAACCUCUGAAAACAUGAAAUUAAGGGAGACAGAGCUCCAACCUUAACCUCUUGAGCAUGGAAAAAGGGAGGAAAUUUUGAGUAUGAAUUUAUAUGGAUGGAAAAGUGACAUGUGAGUUGGUAUCUUGCAAUACAGAUAUUCCAAUUGGAUACAAAGGGAACGUGGUGGUAGAAUAAAGUCUCUGUCAGUUCAACAUCAACGCCUCACUGCCCUAAGCUCAUACUAUAUAUGGUAUUUCAAUGGAGUGGAAGCUUUGCCAGAGUGGUUGGGCAACCUUUCUUCUCUCCGUUCCCUGUAAAUUGUGCAUUGUAAUUUGAAGUAUGUACCGACAACUACAGUCAUGAAAUGCCUCUGCAAAUUAAGGAAUCUCACAAUUGUUGAAUGCCCCCUUCUUGAGAAGAAUUGCGCCAAAGGGCGUAGUUAUGAAUGAUACAGGAUUUCUCAUCUCCCGUACAUGUGUAUAAGUCUAUUUGCCCUUCCUUUCUCCCAUUCUCUGCUCACUUUUCCUCCGACAAUCCAUUCUUUUUGUCUUCUUUUACAGAUUAAUUACCUUUUUUUUUCCUUCUCUUUGGGCGUGGACACUGAACAAGGUUUAUCUAUGAAUUCUCAGCUUGAAGCUUGUUUAUUUUGAGCUGAAAGAAGAUAUGAAUUUUGGCAUUAUUAAGUCAAUGGUUUCCAUCAGCUUAAGAUUUCUCAGAUCCCAAAUAUCACAAUAGAAAAUGAGGAGAUGCAUUUAUAAUUAAUUAUUUUGGGAGGAAUAUGCAAAGUAUCAGUUCAGUUAAUUCCAUGGAAAUGGAAACUUUUGGAUUAUAAUCAAUAAUCCAUCCACUGCGCUCACCGCAUUUUUCAUUGGGGCAUGACUUUGAUAUGAGAAAAUGCAGAAGUUGCAGAGCUAUUUGCAAAUCUUGAGGCUUGUAAAUUUGUGUUGAAGAUUCUUAUUUGUGUUCAAAGGAAACACAAUUUGUGUUCAAAGGAAACACCUCAUUUUGGAAGGGUUCAAUCAUUUGCGAGUUUCUGGAUGGAAUUCAUGCAUAUAAAUAUACUGUGGACUUGUAUAAUUUGAUACUAUCCAAAUCCUUUACACUCAAUUAAGCCAUCUCAAUUAUAAAUCACUUCAUGUUUAUUGUUGCAGCAUUAACUUUGCUGGUCGUUUUGGUGAUUUUCUUCACAAGGAAGCUUUGGAACUUCAAGGAAAGAUAAAUUGGUAGAGGUUUCUCCACUUUGUACUUCAGGAGAGACUGCAAGAUGCAAGAUCAUUUCAGAUGUACAGCUGCAUUGUUUUCUCUGCCAUUUUCUUCUUUCAUUUGAGCCAAUUGGGAGAAGACAAAAAAUUGUUCAGCUGACUAGAAAGUAAGACUGAACAGAAAAUUUCUGCCUUGAGGUCUCAUCACGUUGCCAACAUCCUUCAGCUGAAACUGAAUAGAGGACCAAGCAAGAGAAAAACAGAACUAGUGACAACGGUUGCUUGUACAAUUUGAGCUUUGAGCUCCCUAUAUGAAAUCAUCCUUCAAUUAAAGAUUGAUCAAAUGAACGAUUGAAUUUGCUUUGCAAUUAGAACCAUUAGAAGAUGGAACAGAACUUAUCCCUACUGGCACUCCUUGUUGCAGUUGUUCUACAUUUUGUUAGAUGUGAGAAAGAUGCGAAAUAAUUCAAUUUUUUGCACUAUUUCAGGAUAAUCUUGGUUAUGGAAUUCUAAUAUGUAUGUUGUUACGCUUUGUUACUUGCUACGCUUUGAUAUGCGUUUCGAAAUACAUAUUACAACAGAUUUCUUUUC